GUCUCAGUUUGACAGGCCUUAAUUGCACUAAGCACAGUAGCCAACAGUGCGGAGGCGGAUCCAUCAUUUGCUUCUAUCAAGCCAUUGGACUUCAAACAAAUUCUGCUGCUCUCAUUAGGGAUUGGCACUAAUGCAGAUUUUGCUUGGACAUACACAGCAGAGGAGGCAGCUAAUUGGGGUCUUGUUUCCUGGCUAUCUCAUAAUAAUUCGAACCCUCUUAUUGAAAUGUUAUCUGAAGCAAGUGUUAUUAUGAAUGAUUAUUACAUCGCCACCAUCUAUCGCGCUCUUGGUGCUGAAACGAAUUACCUCAGGAUUGAAGAAACUGCAUUAAUUGGCACUACUACCCAAAUGGAUAAUGCUACUGAGGCUAAUAUGAACUUAUUGGUACAAGUUGGUGAAAACUUGUUGAAGAAACCAGUUUCCAAAAAGAAUCCUGAAACCAAUGAGGAAGCUCUAAAGAGGUUUGCGAAAUUGCUCUCAGAAAGGAAGAAACGACGUGCAAACAAAUAAUAAUUCUGCUAAAGAAUAAGCGCUUGUAAGGCAUGCAUUAGCCCGUCAAGUCUUGUGUUGUUUUAGGAUUAUCGUGUUUUGCAAUUUCAGAAAUAAAAAGAAGAGAGGGAUAAGUUUCAAUAGAAAUAUCCCUCUCUAUGUAAUACGCUAAUUAUAAGUACUACGUAAACUUUUGGUUGUAUUAUUCUAAGCCAAACCAAUGAAAAUAAAAAUAAAAAU